AUGUCGAUCGAACCAUCAUGGAUUGUUGGCCUGGCCACACUCAGCAUUUUCUUGUACGCUCUUUGCACUGUAGGGAGAAGAGGCAAGAACUAUCCACCAGGACCACUGACACUACCAUUAUUGGGGAACCUUCAUCAAAUUCCAUUAAAGGGCGCUCAUUUCAAAUUUACCGAGUGGGCAAAAGUGUACGGAGGAAUCUUCUCCCUCAAACUGGGACCUGGCACGGCCGUCGUCGUCACCGACCGUCGCGUGGUGCGUGAGCUUUUGGACAAACAGAGCGCCAUCUCGAGCUUCAGACCGCCGUCGUACGUCGGCAAUUUGAUCACAGGCGGAGAUCAUGUCCUCGUCAUGGAUCCCGGUCCCAAGUGGAGGACGAUGCGGAAAGUGAUCGUACAGGAAUUUACAGAGACCAUGUGUGACAAGAAACAUGUCAACGUGGUGAAUGCGGAAGCGAUUCAGAUGUUGAGGGACAACGUCGUCGAUCCGAAAGGUUUGAUGAAACAUCCAAAACGAUUUGCAAACAGCAUCAUCAUGAGUCUAGUCUUUGGAGUUCGUACACCCGACAUAACAACGUCGCAUAUGAGACGCAUGUUUGAGCUCAUGGAGCAUUGGUCACUGGUCAUGGAGCUGGGCAGCACACCUCCGGUCGACUUUUAUCCUUUUCUCAAAUGGAUCCCUCAGCGAUUCCUGGGCAACUGGAUUUCUCGUGCAAAUCAGGUCAAGGAAGAAAUGUAUUCUCUCUAUCGAGACCUUGUGGAGGAUGUAAUCAGACGAAGAGAUGCCUUGGGCCCGCGAGAUUCGAUGAUGGAUCGAGUUCUGGAUCAACUAGACUCGGGAAAGCUAACGCUAACGAAACAUCAGCUGUACUUCCUUGCGGGGAUCGUGAUUGAGGGCGGCUCGGACACGACAGCGUCAGGUAUCCUGGCGUUUCUCAAGGCCAUGACAUGUCUUCCAGAAGUGCAGAAGAAGGCACAGGCUGAAAUUGAUGCCGUGGUUGGACAAGACAGGACGCCUCAAUGGUCCGACUAUGAGAAGCUUCCAUACGUGAGUCAGGUCUUGAAGGAAUCCAUGAGAUGGCGGCCUGUGGGUGGUGCCGGCGUUCCGCAUGCUCUUUCUGACAUGUUGGCCGAACUCGAGGAGCGUACCCGAGAACGAGAUGCUGCGAAAGGCGAACUUGACAUGGCCAAAGAUACUGCCCGCACCUACUACCAACGUAUGGUCCAAGCGGAAGCAGACAAAUCUCAUGUCCAGACAUCAACGGAGUGCGACAGGUUCCUGCUUGUCCUGAUAGAUGGCGAUAGCAUGCCGUUUCUCGAUGAAUUUCUUCCAAGAGGCAUGGAAGGUGGCGAGGACGCUGGAAAGCAUCUCCGAUCUUCAAUUCUCGAUUAUUACAAAACAAACCCCAAAUUCCACGCUGACGAUCGUAUUAUCAUCCGUGUAUAUGCUAAUGUGCGUGGUUUUGCUCGUGCUCUCAAAGCUGCCAAGAUCAUCUCCGAAGAGUCGACGUUUGAUCAAUUCAUCGCUGGCUUCAAUAAGAGCCACCUGCUGUCCGACUACAUCGACGCUGGUCCAAACAAGGAAGCUGCAGAUUCCAAGUUGAAAGGUCUACCCAAAGCAAACUUCGAGCUCUUCUAUCGAAACCGCCAUUGUCAGCAUAUUGUAUUUGGAGGAUCUGCAGACAACAGCUACGCAGGCUUUCUCGGCCCGUAUGCGCUUCCUGGGGGCAUCAAUGAUCGCGUAACCCUGAUUGAAGGGCCGCCGUUCGCUUCUGAUCUCCGAAAAGUAGCGCAAGGGUUCAAUCGAGUGGCGUUGACGACCGUCUUCAGGACGACAAAGAUUCAAGUGAUCAAUGGUAACCAAAUUGUUGCGGGAGUCAAGAGACCUGCCCCUGCAAGCUACAUCUCUGGCCGACCGACGACAGGUGCAGCUCUGACGCCAGCAGACAAAAAGCCUUCACAUCCUCCGACAGUGCCUAUUCCCUCGCCGGUCAUAUACCAGAAUCAAUAUGGCCAGCGUCUUGAUACACCAUUGACCUACGAUAAGGAAUACCUCAAGCUUCUUUACGACAAGAAUUCGAGGCUGUGCAACAACUUUUAUUUGCGUGGCCACUGUCUCUUCGGGAAUACCUGUGCAUGGGACCACUCCCAACAGUUGACCCAAACCCAACUCGACACAAUGCGAUACAAAGCCAGGACCUCGAAUUGCUUCAACCCCUUCUGUGCGGAUCCGGCCUGUUGCUUGGGCCACAUGUGUCCGAGGGGAAGUGCCUGCAAUAACCCAGCAUGCAAAUUUCUCCCUGAGAUGCACAAUAUUGACGUCAGCCACGUGUACGAAUACAACACUGUAACGCAGGAGAAGAAAGAGUUGAAGCCUUCCUAG